AUAUAUUUAACCCAAACCCAAACCUUGACGGCUUGGAGAAGAGGUUUUGGCGCGCGAGGCCGUUCCAGAUCAGUUACCGCCCAACUGAAAUAUGAGAUCACGGAAAUUCUCUCUACAUCCAUCUUCAUAUCAUACACACAUAGAUAUACGAACUUUUAAUCUCAUUCUUUCUCUCUCUACAACUCUCUCUCUUUCUCUCUAUAAGAAAUCGUCUUCAAGAAAAUUUUCAACAUACCAUCUGCGAAUCAGAUAAUUCUCUUUCUGGCAGUGAGACCUGAUAAGUAUGGAGAAGUACGAGAAACUUGAGAAUAUUGGAGUCGGAACCUUUGCGUCGGUUUACAAGGCCUACAACCGUGAGACAAAUGAAACUGUUGCUUUAAAAGGGCUUCAUGUUUUUGACAAUUUUGAAGGCGUGGCGGGUUCAAUAAUCAGAGAAAUCUCUUUGCUGAGAGAGAUGAAGCAUAGCAACAUUGUCAGGUUGUUAGAUGUAGUUGUAGAGAGUGGAACGAAUAAAGUGUUUCUUGUUUUCGAGUAUAUGGAUAUUGAUCUGAAGGAGUUCAUGUAUACUCAUUCAGAGACUGCCGAGGAUCCACAUUUGAUAAAAAGGUUUCUGCAUCAGAUACUCAGUGGUCUUGCCUAUUGUCAUUCUUACAAAAUUGUGCACCGAGAUCUUAAACCACAGAAUUUGCUUAUAAACUCCAGUGAAAAAAUCCUGAAGCUUGCAGACUUUGGAUCAGCCAGGCCUGUUGGUGUUCCUCUCAAUAAAUAUACUGAAGGCGACGGGAUAGCAACUCCAGCUUACAUGGCACCUGAACUCUUCAAUCGCUUGAAAUAUUCCACUGAAGUUGAUAUGUGGUCUGUGGGAUGCAUAUUUGCUGAGAUGUGUAACCAGGAGCCUCUCUUUUGUGCUUCAGAUGAAUUUGGACUUAUAUACAAAAUUUUCAGGUUAUUGGGCAUACCAGAUAAACAAACCUGGCCUGAAGUGACUGAACAUUGUCAAUUUUUGGGUAUUGCUGAGAAUACUCCUCCUAAGAAUCUAGCAGAAGUAGUUCCUGAUCUUGAACCAGCUGGAGUCGAUCUUCUUUCUAAAAUGCUUCGCUACAACCCAAGAGAAAGAAUUACAGCUUUUGAUGCACUGAAGCACCCGUACUUUGCUGGUGUUGGGGAACCUUGAUUGAUCUACAGACCUGCACCUUUCUGUUAUAUACCAACGCAAUUUGUAGUUUAGUGUUCGAGAAGAAUUGUGUGCUUCCAUUGAUUGUGUGUUUUUUCAAUUAAGGUGGGCCUAAACACCAUGGUUUGUGACUCUCUCUCUCUGAAGAACUUACUCAUAUGUUACAUGAACUUUUGGUUAGCUAACUGCUUGUGAAUGGAUCAUUACUUUUUUUUUCGAAUGGUAUGGAUCAUUACUUUGUAUGUAAAUAAUAUAUCUGUAGUGCGUCUUUUGUUU